AUGAUAACAAUUAUGCUCCACCAAAAAAGGCUCUUGCAACCGCCAACCGCUGCUAUACCUUCCAAUCUCAGUGCGCCAUUGACAGUCAGUUGGACGCCGGAAAAACAUGGUGACCAAUAUUACUUGUAUAGCCACUUCGCUGAGAUACAAGAUUUACAUGCCAACGAUACCAGGGAAUUUGACGUGUUAUGGAAUGGAGCUGUUAUUGUUGAAGCUUUUGUUCCUUCAAAGUUACUGAUUGAUACUUUCAUGAAUAAGUCUCCAGAGACUUGCGAUGGAGGGAAAUGUAGCUACCAGCUAAUAAAAACCUCGAAAUCAACUCUUCCUCCUCUACUAAAUGCUCUUGAGAUCUACACGGUUAUCCAAUUCCCACAAUCGGAAACAGAUGAAAACGAUGUGGUUGCUAUCAAAGAUAUCGAAACUGCCUAUGGAUUGAGUAGAAUCAAGUGGCAAGGAGAUCCUUGCGUCCCUCAAAUGUAUGCAUGGGACGGUUUGAAUUGUAGCUACACCGCUAUUUCUACACCUCCAAGAAUAACGUCCUUAAACUUGUCUUCAAGCGGGUUAACUGGAACCAUAGCGGCUGCUAUUCAAAACCUUACACUACUACAAAAACUAGACUUGUCAAAUAACAAAUUGACUGGAGUGGUGCCUGAGUUUCUAGCCCAGAUGACAUCGUUGGUGAUCAUAAACCUAAGAGGGAACGAUCUUACUGGUCACGUUCCUCAAGCUCUUCAAAGAAAUGGACUAGAGUUACUAGUUGAAGGAAACCCGAGGCUUUGUCUCUCUGGUUCGUGCACAAAAGACUCCAAGAAGAAAUUUCCACUGAUAAUUGUUGCAUCAGUUGCUUCUGUAGCCAUAAUCGUUAUUGUGUUGGUUCUUGUUUUUGUUCUCAAAAAGAAGAAGCCAUCAUCCGUGGAAGCUGCACAACUUCCACCAAUUACGCCAAACAUUAAAUCAUCAAUUGAGACGAAAAAGAGAAGGUUUACUUAUUCAGAGGUUAUGAAAAUGACAAAUAAUUUCCAAACAGUAGUAGGCGAAGGUGGAUUCGGUGUCGUGUGCCACGGUACUCUAAAUGAUUCCGAACAAGUAGCUGUUAAAUUGCUCUCUCAAUCAUCAAGUCAAGGCUAUAAGCAUUUUAAGGCAGAGGUUGUUCUUCUUCUAAGAGUUCACUAUACAAAUUUGGUGAACCUCGCUGGAUAUUGCGAUGAAGGAGAUCAUUUGGCUCUUAUCUAUGAGUUUAUGCCAAAUGGAGAUUUAAAACAACAUCUAUCUGGAAAACGUGGUGAAUCCAUUUUCAAAUGGGGCAGUCGGCUGCAAAUAGCUCUGGAGGCUACACUAGGUUUGGAAUAUCUACAUGUUGGAUGCACACCGCCAAUUGUACAUAGAGAUAUCAAAACGACAAACAUAUUGUUGGACCAACAGUUAAAGGCUAAGAUCGCCGAUUUUGGCCUUUCAAGAUCUUUCCCUGUUGGAGGUGAAACCCAUGUUUCAACUGUUGUUGCUGGUACACCUGGAUAUCUUGAUCCAGAGUAUUACCAUACAAGUCGGCUGGGUGAGAAGAGCGAUGUGUACAGCUUUGGAAUUGUGUUAUUGGAAAUGAUCACAAACCAACCAGUGAUUGACCAAUCCCGUGAAAGGUCUCACAUAGCGCAGUGGGUUGGGUUUGAGCUCAACCGAGGAGAUAUUACUAGGAUUAUAGAUCCAAACUUGCACAGGGAUUACGAGUCUCGUUCUGUAUGGAGAGUUCUUGAACUGGCGAUGUCGUGCGUGAAUCCUUCUUCACUAAACCGACCAAAUAUGUCCCAGGUUGCUAAUGAACUGAAAGAGUGUCUUGCGUCUGAAAAAUCGAGGAGAAAUAUGAAUAUGGACUCUCAGAGUUCUCCUGAAGUGAGCAUAAGCUUUGACACUGGGAUGUUUCCGAGGGCAAGAUAGUUUGUUUGUGCUGCAAAGUAAGACGACCAAUGACCUGUGACGAGCAUAUGAGGCUUAUAGUGAACUGUUUUGAAUCACAAUUAACUGUUUACGCCUUUUCUUUAUUAUAUGAAUUUUGGGUGACAAAAAAAAGAAUUGAGAAUUUCUGAAGAACUUUUGAACAUGAACUUGGAAAAGUUAGUUUGUGGAGUAAUUAACACUAAAUUAAGAUCCGCGCUCUGGGCGAAAUAAAUAUUUUAUAUAAAAAUUAUUUUAUAUAUUAUAUGUUUUAUGUGAAAUAAUAAAUAUAUAUUGAAUAAUUAAAAGUUAAUAAUUAUUACAUAUAUAAUUAAAUUGGUGUGAGCAUAUAAAUUAAUUUUAUUAAUCCAAACAAUAAAAAAAAUAUUUGAUAGAAUAUAUAAUUAAAUUUAAAUGAUAUUAACAUACAUAGUAUAUUUUUUUAAUAUUAAUAUUUAAUGAUGUUUUCCAUUAAUGAUGACACAUGACAGCAGCCUAUCAGUACACUGUUUUGUGGUUACGGUUACAAACAGGAAUCAAUGAAUAUAAAAUCUGCCAGUUUAUGUGCAAAUCAAGUUCUCUAUAACACGGUAGAAAAAAUGGAUUGCGACUUAUUCACUACCCUUAAACAUAAUACUUAGACUGACUUA